AUGUUCCCACUACAGAACAAAACAAAGAUUUUCACUUCAUUCUUUGUGUUUGGACUUUUGAACAACAUACUUUAUGUCAUUAUUUUAUCAGCGGCUAUUGAUCUUGUUGGUUCGGCCACACCAAAGGGAGUGGUGUUGUUGGCCGAUGUUAUGCCUUCAUUCACAUUCAAAUUAGUUGCUCCCUUUUUCAUUCACCUUAUACCCUACAAAGUACGAUUAUACUCCCUUGUGGGGUUAUCGAGUUCCGGCAUGUUGCUAAUAUCACUAAGCUCACAACAAUCAAUUGGCAUCAAGAUAUUUGGCAUCAUGCUAGCGUCGUUGUCGUCAGGAAUGGGAGAAGUGAGUUUCUUACAAUUGACCCAUUUCUACACCGGUGGCGAUGCGAGUGGUGAUAGCUCUGUGGGGAUCAGUGGGUUCUCUAGUGGUACUGGUGGUGCUGGACUUUGUGGAAGCUUCUUGUUUAUGUUGAUGACAAAUAUGAUGGGUAUUCUGGUGACUGCUGUGUUGUUGAUGUUUGCUGUUUGUCCAUUGGGGUUCUUGGCGACUUAUUACUUGUUGUUGCCUGCUCCUGACCAUGAGUAUCAUGAAAUUGCAGACACUGCGUUGGAAGACUCAAAUGAUGAAGGAAUGGGGAUUGACUUUAAUUUUAAUGGUCUGCAAUUGCCCACAAUCUCUUCCGUCGCACACCAUUUUAAAACGACUUUGGGAAAAAUCAAACCAUUGGUUGUACCAUUCAUGCUUCCAUUGAGUACGGUGUACAUUUCAGAGUAUGUAAUUAAUCAAGGAAUUGCACCAACAUUACUUUACCCGUUAGAAGAUCUUCCGCAUUGGUUGUUUACGUCGUACCGCGACAUUUACGUUGUUUAUGGGUUCUUAUACCAACUUGGAGUAUUCAUUUCGAGAUCGUCAAUCUCAUUUGGUGUUCGGAUAAAGAAACUCCACGUCCUUUCCGUGCUUCAGUUUGUCAAUGUCAUCAUCACCACCAUUCAAUCGGUGUAUGACAUUCCAUUCACCACAAUCUGGCCACUACUAGUGUUGAUUUUAUACGAAGGAUUACUAGGAGGGUUUUCCUAUGUGAACACGUUUGUUUCAGUAAGUGAAGGCGUUCCCAAGACCAAAAGAGAAUUUAGCAUGGGUUGUGUGAGUGUGAGCGAUGGAUUGGGAAUUGCAAUUGCCGGGUGUAUAAACUUGUGGCUUGAAAGGAAAUUGUGUGGCAUGCAAGUGGAUAGGGGAAGAGAUUGGUGUUUGAAUGGAGGAUCAGCAUAA